UUGCAAACGAGGGUUAAAAUAAGAUUUACUGUGUAGACAAGCAAUGAAAGCAAUUAUUCAAAGAGUCUCCAAAGCCAGCGUAACAGUUGGCAAAGAACAGAUCAGUUCUAUUGGCAGAGGCCUUUGUGUUUUACUUGGGAUUUCAGCCGAGGACACGCAGAAUGAUGCUGACUACAUAAUGCGCAAGAUCCUAAACCUUCGUUUAUUUGAGGAUGACAAUGGCCGUGCCUGGAGCAAAAGUGUAAUGGAAAAGGAGCUAGAGGUGCUGUGUGUGAGUCAGUUUACACUGCAGUGUGUUCUUAAAGGCAACAAGCCUGAUUUUCAUUUGGCCAUGUCUGCUGAUUUUGCCCAAGCCUUUUACAACAACAUUCUAGAACAGAUGAGGACCACAUACAAACCAGAGCUUAUUAAAGAUGGCCAGUUUGGUGCCUGUAUGCAAGUGCAAAUCCAUAAUGAUGGACCUGUCACCAUCUGUUUAGAGUCUCCUUGUGGGCCCACAGAUGCUAAACAGAUGUCCAAGCAAGAAAAGCAACAGCAGCGUAAAGAAAAAACCUCCAAAGGCAACUUGGAGUCUGGUAGGGAUAAAGGUGCCUUAACUUCUACAGUGGACUUUAAUGCUAGUAAUGAGGCAGAAGGAGAUGUGUUUUCUGGAAGGGAUUUAUAGUUUAAAGUGCAGUGGAAGCUAAGCAGUUAAAGUACUGGACUAGUUAUCAGAUGCUGGUCAACCUGCAAGUUGCAACUGGGGUAGAUCUUACAGCACUUCCGCCUAACUUGGGCCAUAUAUGUCUGUAUAUGUUUUUCAAUUAACUGUUAGAUGCAGUUAAAUACUAUACAACUGUAAUCCAACACAUAUUGUAUGCCAAACAUAAAAUGUAAAGCAUUUUACCUUUUACAGUUUGUCAAUAUAAUUUUAUCUCUAGUUUA